UACUGUGUGAGCUGUGAUUGGUCACAGCUUGUCACAUGGUACAAGGCUGUUGUGAAUAGCCUUGUACCAUGUGACCUCUGUGAUCAUGCACAGAUUUCACACGUAGUAAGCAAUGAUGUCAGAAGCGACAUCUUGCUUAUUACUUUGCAUGUGAUCAGUGAUUGUUUCACUGUGUCCGGAGGACACAGCGGGCACCGAAUCGCGGUGCUGCGCGCUCCCGGGGAGCGCGCAAAAGCAGGGUGCGGGAAGGUCGUUUAUAAGCGGCCACCCGACCCUGCAACGGCCACCCGACCCUGCAGUGCUACC